CCGACUUGCCCAUUAGUCCUCAUCCGCCGCGCACAGAAGCGGAGUACGCGAGAGCGACUUUACUACUAUCUUUUCUACGUCUAAACUAAUUAUUUAAUAUUUAUUUGUGAAUACACUGCACACUCGCUCAAACAAUUCAAGCUCAAGGACACUCGGCAUGGAAUCUCCAGAGCUUUAAACAGCGACUUCCACAUCUGUCUCAAGAGAAGAUCAUCAACUUACCGAGCUGAUCGUGUAUACAAAGAGAUUUAGUUCGUAUUUCGGGUUGUCAUCAUCAUCAUGCCCAGCCUGCGACAGUCGUACACAGUAACGGUGCCCGAGGAGCCGCCGACCUCCGUUUUCCCCUUCAGUAAAGCGGAGGCGCGCCGGAAAAGCGCGUCUGUCUCGCGCUCCAUGCUGGUCUCCACGUUUGUCGGACUCCUCAUUAACCAGGCCAAGAACUCCAAGAAUGCUCAGGGACUUGUGGGACUAAGGAACCUGGGGAAUACUUGCUUCAUGAACUCCAUUCUGCAGUGUUUGAGUAACACACACGACCUGCGUGAUUAUUGUCUGCGCAACACACACCGCACUGACCUCAAUAACAACUGCAGGGCCAAGGCAGCUCUAAUGGAAGAGUUUGCCAAGCUCACUCAGACACUGUGGACAUCAGCGAGCAACGAAGCCAUCAGUCCGUCUGACUUCAAGACUCAGAUUCAGAAGUACGCUCCACGCUUUAUGGGCUACAAUCAGCAGGAUGCUCAGGAGUUCCUGCGCUUCCUCUUAGACGGCCUCCAUAACGAAGUGAACCGGGGGUCACUAAGGCCCAGAGCGCCCAUAGAGGACUUCGACCACCUCUCGGAUGAUGAGAAAGCUAAAAGAAUGUGGACCAAGUACGUGGAGAGAGAAGACAGCAAAGUAGUAGAUCUGUUUGUUGGCCAGCUGAAGAGUUCACUGACCUGCAGCGAGUGUGGCUUUUGCUCCACCGUAUUCGAUCCAUUCUGGGAUCUGUCUCUACCUAUUGCCAAGACUUCUGGAGAGGUGAUGCUGAUCGACUGCCUUCGGCUUUUCACCAAGGAAGAUGUGCUGGAUGGAAAUGAGAAACCAACAUGUCAAAGGUGUAAAGCCAGACGGAAAUGCACUAAGAAAUUCACCAUCCAGAAAUUCCCCAAAGUCCUGGUGCUUCAUCUAAAGCGGUUCUCCGAGGCGCGUCUGAAAACUGCCAAACUCACUACUUUUGUCAACUUUCCUAUCAAAGAGCUGGACCUGUGCGAGUUCGCAUCAGACAACAGCAUGCACGCCGUCUACAACCUGUAUGCAGUGUCUAAUCACACAGGCACCACGCUGGGUGGCCAUUACACAGCAUACUGCCGCAAUCCUUCCACAGGAGAGUGGUACUCCUACAAUGACUCCAGGGUGAGCCCUAUGUCCUCCAGCCAAGUACGCAGCAGUGAUGCCUAUGUGCUGUUCUACGAGCUUGCCAACUCCUCACGCUUGUGAUCAAGCCUCAUCUCCACCCUAAAGAAGGAUAUUGGAAUCUACAGGGGGCUGAAGCCUGGCCUGAACUUGAGACUACACCUUAGCAACGGCUCCGCUUUAAGCCACAAACUAGGAGAUUGUUUUUAAGACUGGUCUAUGAUCAAAGACACAAACUGGAUCAUGGUUGAGGCUUGUUCACAUGGCCCUAAUCGAGCUCCCAUAUAAGGGCUUCCUCAUCCUGUAUUCUGCAGGGUGUAGACUGCUGCUGCUGCUAAAGGGAUGGGGAUGAAAACACUCCUUGUAGGAAGAAAGAAGACAACUGGAACACUACCUCUCACAAUGAGCAGGACCUUGUGUGUGUGUGUUUAUUUUUCUAAGUUUAUGUGUGUGUAAAGACGGAUGUCAAUGAACUAUGCACUGUGUACCUGGCGCUCUUUAUUCCUUUACAGUUAGUAAUUUAUUCUGGUAUUCUAAUAUUUUUUAUUUUUGACCCUCUGGAUCGGAAUGUGGGUCACGAUAGUGAGUGGUUCAAGAAAAGAAUAUAUAUAAUUUUCCAGUUUUCAUCUUUUUUUUUUUUUUAUGUAAUUGGACAUGCUAGUAUGUUAAUAUCUUCGCAUCAUAGUUUUGCACUGGAGCUGAGAAAAGUCUCUGCCCCCCAAUAAUUUUAAUAAAUACAUGCCCAUAUCAUCUUUUGCUUCACACAGCCCAGUUAAACUACACAAUCAAAGUCAAUCCAAAAGGUGGAUGCUCAUCAGCUUCUUGCCUAUUCAUCAUUUUUGGAUCUUACAGUACACUUGCUGAUCAUAAUGAUUUUUGUAUGCCUGCUUGACUUGACUAGUUCUGAGAUAUUUAUUGAAAAGAUUUUCUGUGAGAUACACAUCCAUUAAAUGUGAGCUGAUUUUUUGGGGCUCCAGAAGAAAAUGUGAUCAAACAUUUGGGGUAUGUCGAAUGUUUUGUAAACAUUUUUUUUUUUCUACUUUUGAAAAAUGGUAGAUGAGUCGCCCCCUGGUGGAGCUCAUGCUUGCAAUGUUGGUUUGGUUUUAUUUUGACACGGAAAACAGCUUUUACAGCACAAGGAGCCACCUGGAGUAUCUGUGUGCAUUGUUCGAGAGAUAUAGCGAGUGUGUGUGUUGUGUGAUACAGAUGGUAUGAUGUUUUAUUUAUGAAGUAUGUAUGUGAGCGAGUCAUGAUCAUGUGACUAACAGAUUGAGUCCUUCCUGUUCAUGGGGCUCCACAUGUCAAGUACUUUUGGCUUGUUAAAAGCCAGAUAGAUUGUACAUAUGAAUAAAUUAACCAAUUUGACCACAAGAA